AAACUAAAAAGAAGCGUUGCUCGAAAGAAGCCGUAAACAACGAGCUGCAUUUGCAGGUUAAAAAUCCAUUGCACAGAUUGAAUAAUGCCGAUUUUUCGCGGAUCUCGCGUCUUCAGAUGGAUAAUUUUACAACAACGAUGUACGAAAGUUGUAGCAAGACGCGCUAGUAAUGGGGUAAAACCUGCAGAAGCCACUGUCAACUUUUCCAAUGGUCGCAAUUUGACCCUGUCUACUGGGCAAUACGCCAGACUGGCUGAUGGCUGUGCUGUGGGGACCGUUGGAGACACUUCCGUUAUUGUAACAGUGGUUUCCAAAACGAAACCCAGCUCAAGCAGUUUUUUGCCUUUGGUAGUCGAUUACAGGCAGAAAUCGGCAGCUGCCGGCAGAAUACCCACUAAUUUUUUUAGAAGAGAGUUAGGUCCUAGCGAGAGAGAAAUAUUAACCGCCAGAUUAAUCGAUAGGAGCUUAAGGCCCCUAUUUACCGACAACUAUUAUUACGAUACCCAAGUAGUAUGCAGCAUGCUGGCAGUUGAUGGGAUAAACAAUCCAGAUGUAAUUGCAAUCAACGCAGCUUCCACUGCUUUGUCCCUUAGUGAUAUUCCAUGGAAUGGCCCAAUAGGGGCUGUGAGGAUGGGCAUGAUCGACAGUGAAUUGCUGAUAAAUCCUACAAGAAAGGAACUGCAGGAAUCUAAACUGAAUCUAGUCAUUUCAGCCACUAAACGCAACCUAGUUGUUAUGCUAGAAGGUAAUGCUGAUGGUAUUAUGCUACAAGACCUGCAAAAAGCUAUCAAAGUAGGCACCAAAGAGGCACAGCAUGUCGUAUCAGAAAUAGAAAAUCUUCAAAAGCACUUUGGCAAGCCAAAAAGGGCAUUAGAAGCUGCUCCUGUUCUGAGCGAGGCCAUCACUGAAGCUUUACGCAGCUUAUCAGAAAUGAGGGUGAAGGAAGUUCUUCAAAACUAUUCGCUGGAUAAAAUUGCUCGCGAUGUGGCACUAGCCGAAAUCCGAACAAACGCUCUAGAAAAAAUUAGAUCCUCCUUUCCGGACGCUGACCAAAAUCUAGUAAAUGAUGGCUACAGCGCGGUGGUCAAAAAUAUCUUCAGGGAAUUGAUAUUUGAUACCGACAUCAGAUGUGACGGCCGGAAUUUAGAUGAGCUCAGAAAUAUUUCCUGCAAAGUAGAUCUGUACAAACCCUUGCACGGUUCUGCAGUUUUCACUAGAGGCCAAACGCAAGUGCUCUGCACAGUCACGUUGGAUUCUCAUGAGAGUGCUAUGAGGCUGGACCCCUUGAGUGUGGUGACAAGUGGCGUAAAAGAAAAGAACUUUUUUCUCCACUACGAGUUCCCCCCCUUUGCUACCAAGGAAACUGGCCGAAUUGGCCCUAUUGGUAGAAGAGAGAUGGGCCAUGGGGCUUUAGCGGAAAAGGGCUUAUUUCCUACCAUUCCAAGUGAAUUUCCUUUUACUAUUAGACUAACAUCAGAAGUCCUAGAAUCAAAUGGCUCCAGUUCUAUGGCUAGCGUAUGUGGAGGAAGUCUUGCGUUGAUGGACGCUGGGGUGCCGGUAACUUCUCCAGCUGCGGGCGUAGCGAUCGGUCUUGUGACCAAAUAUGACAAAGAGCAGAAAAACAUUACGGACUUCAGACUACUGACUGAUCUGCUCGGUAUAGAAGAUUAUAUGGGCGAUUUGGACUUCAAAAUUGCUGGCAAUAUGAAGGGCGUAACCGCUUUGCAGGCGGAUAUUAAAAUCCCCGGGCUUCCACUGAAAAUUGUGAUGGAAGCGCUGCAGAAGGCUGCGGACGCCAAGAGGAAAAUUCUGCAAAUAAUGAACCAAUGCAUACAGCAACCGAGGACGGAAAAGAAAGACAACUGGCCAGUGGUGGAGGAUCUGGAAGUGGAGCCCCAUAAACGCGCAAAACUUUUAGGCGUUGGUGGCAUUAACUUGAAGAAACUGUUCGCGGAAACAGGGGUGCAGGUGUCUCAAAUGGAGGACACAACGUUUCAAAUAUUCGCGCCUAAUCAAGCUGCUUUGGAGGAAGCGAAGGAAAUCAUUCAAAAAUAUUUAACAACCGAGCGGGUGCCUGCCUUGGAGUUUGGCGAAAUUUACAAAGCAACAAUUGUAGAGGUAAGGGAUAUUGGUGUGAUGGUAACACUCUACGCCGGUAUGCCUCCAGCCCUGCUCCACAAUUCCCAGCUAGACACCCGAAAAGUUGGACAUCCAUCCGCUUUGGGUUUAGAAGUCGGACAAGAACUGCAGGUGAAGUAUUUUGGAAGAGACCCGGUCUCAGGUUUGAUGCGAUUGUCCAGAAAAGUUCUAGUGGCGGCCAGAUUAUGAGGUAUUUAGGAAACAAAUUUUAAAACGAAAUAAAUGGAAAAAUCAAUCAAUUAUGUUGCAUUCUAUUCUGUAUAUACCUAAGCCUGUACAUUUUUAAGGAUUUACAAAGGAUGUCAUUCUUUUUAAGUCCGUUUUUUUAUUAGAAAUAAAUGAUUGUUUGCUAUUUUCUAUCGAAA